AGGGAAAUGCAAAGCGAGAACAGAACAGUGAUAACAGAAUUCAUCCUUCUUGGUCUGACCCAGUCUCCAGAUAUUCAGCUCCUGGUCUUUGUGCUGAUCUUAAUUUUCUACUUUAUCAUUCUCCCUGGUAAUUUCUUCAUCAUUUUUGCUAUACGGUCAGACCCUGGGCUCACAGCCCCACUCUACUUCUUUCUGGGCAACUUGGCCUUCCUGGAUGCUUCCUACUCCUUCAUUGUGGCUCCCAGGAUGCUGGUGGACUUCCUCUCUGAGAAGAAGGUCAUCUCCUACAGAGGCUGCAUCACUCAGCUCUUUUUCUUGCACUUGCUUGGAGGAGGGGAGGGACUGCUCCUUGUUGUGAUGGCCUUUGACCGCUACAUCGCCAUCUGCCGGCCUUUGCACUAUUCAACUGUCAUGAACCCUAGAGCCUGUUAUGCAAUGUUAUUGGCUCUGUGGCUUGGGGGUUUUGUCCACUCCAUUAUCCAGGUGGUCCUCAUCCUCCGCUUGCCUUUUUGUGGCCCAAACCAGCUGGACAACUUCUUCUGUGAUGUCCCACAGGUCAUCAAGCUGGCCUGCACCGACACAUUUGUGGUGGAGAAUCUGAUGGUCUUCAACAGUGGCCUGAUGACACUCCUGUGCUUCCUGGGGCUUCUGGCCUCCUAUGCAGUCAUUCUUUGUCGUAUACGAGGGUCUUCUGAGGGGAAAAACAAGGCCGUGUCCACGUGCACCACCCAUAUCAUUGUUAUGUUCCUCAUGUUUGGACCUGGCAUCUUCAUCUACACGCGCCCCUUCAGGGCUUUCCCAGCUGAUAAGGUGGUUUCUCUCUUCCACACGGUGAUCUUUCCUUUGUUGAAUCCUGUCAUUUAUACCCUUUGCAACCAGGAAGUGAAAACUUCCAUGAAAAAGGUGUUUAAUAAGCACAUAGCUUGAGAAAACA